CACUUUAGCAAAGUUGCAUCUAUCGGCGAAAACUAAGUACAACUAGCAGUUGUCGUCGAGUCGUUGCGUUAAAUCGUCCCAUGAUACGAAUAUCCGGAGCCCUUAAACUUCUAACCAGAGCCAUGUCCACGGACGUACGAGGAGUUGUAUUGUCUGGAACCCAAUUGGCAAAAGAAAUCCGAGACGGCCUAAUCAGAGAUGUGAGCGCCAUAAAAGAGAAAUUGCCUGACUUUGCACCCGGCCUGGCUAUCGUCCAGGUAGGCGCAAGGGAAGAUUCGAAUGUCUACAUAAAGAUGAAAACUAACGCGGCCCGCGAAAUAGGCAUCGAUGUUCAACGUUGUCAGCUUCCUAACACCACGACGGAGAUAGAGCUCAUCAACAAAGUUACCAAACUGAAUAAUGAUCCCAACGUUCACGGGAUUAUUGUGCAAAUGCCGCUUGACAGUAUCAAUAAAAUCAAUUCUCACCUAAUCACCGAUCUGGUAUCGCCGGAAAAAGACGUCGAUGGACUAAAUACUAUCAACGAAGGUCGAGUUGCGAUCGGCGACAUGUCCGGAUUUUUGCCAUGCACUCCGAACGGCUGCAUCGAAUUAAUUAAGAGGAGCGGCGUGACUAUCGCCGGUGCCCAAGCCGUUGUUUUAGGGAGAAGCAAGAUUGUCGGCACGCCCGUUGCCGAACUAUUAAAAUGGCAUAAUGCCACUGUAACGGUCUGCCACUCUAAAACGAAGAAUCUUUCUGACGUUGUGCGUCAAGCCGAUAUUUUAGUGGUUGGCAUAGGCCAACCCAAAUUAGUUAAGGGUGAUUGGAUUAAACCGGGCGCCGUUGUUAUCGAUUGCGGCAUCAAUCCUAUACCAGAUCCCACGAAGAAAAGUGGACAGCGUUUAGUGGGCGACGUCGCGUACCAGGAAGCUGCUAAAGUAGCUUCGUACAUUACACCGGUGCCGGGCGGCGUUGGGCCAAUGACAGUGGCGAUGUUGAUGAAAAACACCGUGAUAUCCGCGAAAAAGUCGGCGGAGAAGCUUCUCAGUACCCACUGGAAAUUGCGGAUUCUUAAGUUGAAUCUCGUGAAACCUGUGCCGAGCGACAUCGAGAUCUCCAGGAGUCAGGAGCCGAAACCGAUCGCCGUGCUGGCCGACGAGAUCGGGCUGCUGGCGAACGAGUUCAGCCCUUACGGCAACAAGAAGGCCAAGGUCGGCCUCGGCGUGCUGAAACGACUGAAGAAUCAACCAAAUGGCAAGUACGUCGUGGUGGCGGGCAUCACGCCAACGCCGUUCGGCGAGGGAAAGAGCACGACUUCCCUCGGAUUGGUGCAAGCACUAACGGCGCACAGAGGCAUAAAUUCUUUCCUCACCGUCAGACAACCCAGCCAGGGACCUACGUUCGGCGUUAAAGGAGGAGCCGCCGGAGGAGGAUACUCGCAGGUAAUACCGAUGGAGGAAUUCAAUCUUCACCUGACCGGGGACAUUCAUGCUGUUAGCGCCGCGAACAAUCUUAUGGCGGCGCAAAUUGACGCGCGAUACUUCCACGAAUCGACCCAGAACGACAAGGCUCUGUACGAUCGGCUGGUGCCGACGAUCAAGGGUGUCAGAAAGUUCUCCAAGAUCCAGCUGAAACGACUGCAAAAACUUGGCAUCACGAAAACCGACCCGAACUCACUCACGGAGGAGGAGCAACGUCGAUUCGCACGGCUCGACAUUGAUCCAAACAAUAUCACGUGGACGCGAGUGGUGGAUAUUAACGAUCGGUUUUUGCGGAAAAUCACCAUUGGCCAGAGCCCGACCGAGAAAGGCAGGACAAGAGAGACGUCGUUUUGCAUUUCCGUCGGGUCUGAAAUAAUGGCAAUCCUCGCACUGUCAACCAGCGUCGAUGAUAUGAAGAGGCGGCUUGGUAACAUCGUCGUCGGAUUUAGCAAAAGCGGCGAGCCUUUAACCGCUGAUGAUUUCGGUAUGACGGGAGCAAUGGCGAUUCUGCUAAAAGAUGCUAUAGAACCAACACUUAUGCAAUCAUUGGAAGGUACACCAGUAAUGGUGCACACUGGACCGUUCGCCAAUAUAGCCCACGGUUGUUCAUCGAUUCUCGCUGACGCUAUCGCUUUAAAAUUGGUCGGGCCGGAAGGUAUCCUAAUAACGGAAGCCGGAUUCGCGUCGGAUAUCGGCAUGGAAAAGUUCUUCGACAUCAAGUGUCGUACUUCCGGAUAUGUACCGAAUGCCGUCGUACUCGUGGCGACUAUCAGAGCGUUGAAGAUGCACGGUGGUGGGCCGGCAGUAACGACCGGGGCACCGCUGAAGAGAGAGUAUAUCGAGGAGAAUAUCGAACUCGUUCGAAAGGGCCUGCCAAAUUUGCAAAAACACAUCAGCAAUGGUCUGAAAUACGGCAUGCCCGUAGUGGUCGCCAUCAACUCUCACAGUACCGACACUCAAGCGGAGCUAGAUCUCGUUAGGCAAGCGGCGUUGCAGAGCGGUGCAACCGAUGCGGUAAUAUGCACUCAUUGGACCGAAGGUGGGGCAGGUGCCGUAGCCCUUGCGGACGCAGUGAUAGCCGCUACCGAAAAGAAAACUAAUUUCAAGCUGUUGUACGACCUCGAGAGCAGCAUCGAAGAAAAGAUUACCAAGAUCGCCAAAGAGAUAUACGGCGCUGGCCAGGUCGUUCUCGCGGAGAAGGUGCAGAAAAAAAUUGAAAACUACAACAAGUUAGGGUAUAACAAGCUCCCAAUAUGUAUGGCGAAAACAUCAAAUUCGUUAACGGGAGAUCCAAGUAUCAAAGGUGCACCAACCGGCUUCACCCUCGAUAUCACGGACAUAUUCGUUUCGGUCGGCGCCGGAUUUGUCGUUCCCAUGGUGGGAGAGAUUAUGAUGAUGCCCGGACUGUCGACCAGACCAAGUAUCUACGACAUGGACUGGAACGGCGAAACGGAUGAAAUAGAAGGCCUAUUUUAAAUACCUACUUUCUUUUUUCAACGAAGAGCAUCUUUGCAAUACAUAAUGCGUAUUAACAAUUCCUCAGCAAGUUCAUAUGUCUAUACAUAAUCGCCAAUAAAUUCUUCUAUUGUU